AUGUACCCGGACGACCCUAUAAUGUCUUCCUCCCCUCCGCCCGCCGCGCAUCGAACGCGCUCGAGCAGUCCAGACAAGCAGGGCACCUACGUCACGCAGCCUACACAGCCUGUGCCUGCCCGCUCGCCAUACUUUACGUCUGAUGUCACCCAGCCCAUGCAACUGCUCACACCCAAAGCGAACCGCACGCUGCCAAUCGAACUCGGAAUUUCGCCGCAACUGCAAGUUCCACGCUCGUCACCUGGUUUAGAACGCUUCUCCUCGCCCGCCGCACAGUCGCAGUCGCAGUCGCAGAUGCAGACGCAGACGCAGACGCAAACACAGAAACAGGGUCCAUACGGCUUCAAUCGAAUGGCUCCACCCGGCACUGCCUUCUUUCCUCCGCAAGCCGUUCGCAAGCCCGUGUUCGACCUGACUUCAGACGAUGCGCCUGUCGAGCGCGACCCCGACGAGGACGAGUCGUCGUUCAGAUCGAACAUCCCGCUCAGCAAGGUGGAGAUGGGCAGUCACGCGUCCAAGGUUGACGAGACACCGCCGAAACCGAGCUGGGACCUUUCGGGCUAUGCGUACAAAGUCGUCCAGCAGGCGUCACGAAAGCGCGGUGUCGAUGAAGUCACGCAGAGCCAAAGUCCACCACCUAAGAAAGCGAAGCCUAUGCCUCGACAGGGUGGGCCGAGCCGUGCUGUGCCUGUGGAUGUGGAUCUGACUGGCGAUGAUGAUCUGCAAUUGAAAGACAUUCCUGAUUUUGACCUGAGAAGGAAGACACAGCGGCUCCAGGUCGUCUUCUCCAACAAGCCCAUAAGCGUGCUGUACAAGGCCAUUGUCGUCAAGAAGGGCAACUUCGAGGAUGCUUCUGCUUUUCUCGCUGACCAGGACUCGGACGAUGAGCUGCUCAAGUCGCCGCAGAUUGGGGUCGCCCAGCGCAGCACGAGCAUCGCGGAGCCGAAGAAGACUGCACAGCGUGGGCUGAAAGCUCCUGUCAAGUCGCUCAUGGACAAGUACUCGAAGCAGGCACCGUCUUACAGCACACCGAGUGCAACUGCGAGCCCAGCGACGACAGACGCUGAACAGCCCAAGAAGCGGAGGCUCAUACGUGGGAGGCGCAAGCCUGAUCCUGAAAGCGACGAAGAUGCUAUGACGCCGCCUCGACCGCAGAAAAAGGGUGUGAGGCUGCAAACGACAGCGCCUGUGGUGGUGUCUGAUGACGAAGACGAAGGGAUCAUCGCUAUCUCAGAUAACGACUCGGAUGCUGGAGCUAACCCCGACAAGGAGCACAAGUUCAGUGAAUCGAGUCUGGUCGACUUCUUCAACACUUGUUCUGUCGAAGCAAUGGUCGAUCUGUCCGGUCACAAAGAGGAGGACAUCAGCAAGCUGCUGGAAGAGCGGCCUUUCAAGUCGCUUGAUGCAAUCCGCAACAUUCACGUGGAUGCGAAAGCGGCGCAAGAGCAGGAGAAGGGUAAGAAAAAGGCAAGAAAACCGAGGAUCACAUUCGGAGCCCGACUUGUCGAGUCCGCUGAAGACAUGUGGGAUGCGUACUCGACUAUUGACUCGGUUGUGAAACAGUGCGAGGGCCUUGGAAAGCCAAUGGUGGCCGGCAUGGCUCGCUGGGGCAUCAACAUCUUCGGCGCGUCGACAGAUGGCGAGGUGGAUGCAGUCACUCUGGAUGACAGUAGUGACACCAGUUCAACCCGCGAUUCGGGAUACUACACGCCAAAGAGCGGUCAUGGCAGCGACACCGAGAGCAGCGAUCUUCGUAAGACCAGCAGCAAGAUGAAGCUUCUGAAGCAGCCGGCUAUCAUGAACAACGACAUAGAGUUGAAGGACUAUCAGGUCGUCGGCCUGAACUGGCUGAACCUGCUGUGGCAGAACGGCAUCUCGGGCAUAUUAGCUGACGACAUGGGUCUGGGCAAGACCUGUCAGGUCAUCGCAUUCUUGUCGCACCUUAAAGAGCAAGGGGAGGGGCGGCCAACGCUCAUCAUCGUGCCCGGAUCGACGUUGGAGAAUUGGUGUCGUGAGUUCGAGCGCUUCUCGAGCAAAAUCAACUUCACUCCGUACUACGGCUCUCAAGCUGAGCGGUUCGAGUCUCAGGACACAAUUCGGGACAAUAUCGAGACUGGGAAUUGCGACGUCAUCAUCACCACCUACGACCUGGCCUACCGGAAAGAAGAUAAUGUUUUCUUGCGCAAGUGCAAACCACAAAUAUGCAUCUUCGACGAGGGUCACGUUUUGAAGAACGCGAACACUGCGCGCUAUAAGAGCCUGAUGAGGAUAACGCCGAAGUGCAGGAUUCUGCUAACAGGCACGCCGCUGCAGAACAGUCUGCAGGAGUUGAUGUCCAUUCUGGGAUUCCUGAUGCCAGACGUCUUCUAUGACAAGCAGGACGACAGUGUGCAGGAGAUGCUGCAGAUCCUGUUCAAGCACAAGGCCAAGGUCACUGAGAGCGAUUCUCACAGCACCCUGCUUUCGGCACAGCGUGUCCAGCGCGCACGAACUAUGCUAACGCCCUUCAUACUGCGCCGCAAGAAGGCUCAGGUGCUGAAGCAUCUUCCCAAGAAGACUUGCCGUGUCGAAUACUGCGACCUUACGGAUACGCAAAAGACGCUCUACAACGAGCAGCUGCAGAAACAGCGCAAGAUCCUCCUUGACCGCGCCGCUGGUCUCCCCGUCAAAGACCAUGCAAACGUCAUGAUGAAGCUGCGACAAGCAGCCAUCCACCCGCUCCUCUUCCGCCACCGGUAUACCGACGACAAGAUUCGCAAGAUGUCCAAGGCAUGCUUACGCGAAGACACGUUUGCGGAGUCCAACCCAGAGAUCAUCUUCGAGGAGCUGCAACUUUACCAGGACUACCAAUGCCAUCACCUGGCUCUCAAAUACCCCUCUGCGCUGAAGAAGUUUGAGCUGAAAGGCCGCGAGUGGAUGGACAGCGGUAAGGUCCAGGUCCUGCUUGAGCUGCUGAAGAAGUACAAAGCGAACGGCGACCGGGCGCUAGUAUUCUCACAAUUCACGAGCGUCAUGGAUAUCCUGGGAUGGGUGUUCGACGACCACGAUAUCCCAUUCAUGCGCAUGGACGGCUCGACCCCGAUUGCCGAACGCCAGGGGCUGAUGGAUGUUUUCCACUCGGACACAAGCAUCCCCGUGUUCAUGCUGUCUACCAAAUCCGGCGGCGCGGGCAUCAACCUCGCGUGCGCCAACAAGGUCGUCAUCUUCGACAGCAGCUUCAACCCACAAGACGACAUCCAGGCCGAGAACCGCGCGCAUCGCGUCGGUCAGACGCGCGAGGUCGAGGUUGUCCGGCUGGUCACGAAAGACACGGUCGAAGAGCAGAUCUACGCCCUGGGCGUCAGCAAACUCGAGUUGGACAAGAUGGUGCAGGGCGAGGAGCAGGACGACGCGGGGACCAACAAGGCGAAGAAAAAGGGCACCGAUACCGGGACUGCAACGCCCGCCAUCAGCAAGGCCGAGGAGGCGGGCAUCAAUGCUGUCGAGGCCAUGUUGUUGCAGCAGAUGAAGACGGCGGGAGAGAGCACGGAUGUCAAAGACGCCUUCAGGGAUGGGUUGGAGAAGGCUGGGUUGGAUCUGAGCGCUGCGUAA